AUGCCUUUGAAAGAUGGUAUCUCUCUUUCUCUACUUUUAAACUGCAAAGGUGUUGUGGAAGUAACCAUGUACUCUACUGCAUUGGACAGAAAUGAUAUUCAUCUGAAAACGUAUGGUGUGGUUAUGAUAUUUCUAAUGAUUUCAAUUUGUCUAACUCACUUGUCGGUAAAACGUCUGUAUGAUCCUUCAAGGAAAUAUGCUGGCUACCAAAAAAGGAACCUAUUUAAUAUGAAACUCAACUCAGAACUGAAGAUACUAGUUUGCAUUCAUAAACAACACCAUGUAACUUCUAUUAUAAGAUUUAUUGAUCUAUGUUACCCUAUAGUAAAAGAUCCUGUUAUCGUAGACGCGUUGCAUUUAAUUGAAUUAGCCGGAAGGUCCUCACCAAUUUUCAUUUCUCACAAGAAGAAGAAAGUUGUUGCUUUAAACUUGCAAGACUCUUAUUCUGACAGUGUUGUGUUUAGUCUCAAACUAUUUGAACAUGAUAAACAAGGUGCAGCAAUUGUAAACCCUUACACAGCAAUAUCUCCAGUUAACUUAAUGCAUGAAGACAAAUCUAGAAUGGGAAAUGUAAAACUUAGAGGAAUAAAAGUGGAUGGUGGAUCACAAACACUUCAUGUUCUUCGUGAAAUGGUAGAUGAACAUGAUUAUAUUAUAGUUGGGAGAAGACAUGGAAUUGAUUCUCAUCAGACUUAUGGGCUUCAAGAUUGGAGUGAGUUUCCUGAAUUGGGUCCUGUUGGAGAUAAUUUGGCUUCCUCGGAUCUUAAUUGCAAAGCAUCAAUUUUAGUGGUGCAACAACAAAUAUGCCUAUAG